UGUCUUUGUUUCAUUAUCUUGUUCAUCACACUUUGUCCCAUUGAAGCUUCAACACUAAGCUUAUAUUUUUCUAUAUUAAGAAAGAAGAACACAGAGUGUUUGUAGCAGCUGCUUAGUUAGUGUUAAAGAGUUCUUUAAUUAAUUAAUUAAGAGCUUCCAAAUGAUGAGUGCUUCAAAGUUCAUUAAAUGUGUCACAGUUGGUGAUGGUGCUGUUGGCAAGACCUGCAUGCUCAUUUGCUACACCAGCAACAAGUUCCCCACUGAUUACAUACCUACAGUAUUUGAUAAUUUUAGUGCCAAUGUUGCUGUGGAUGGAAGCAUUGUUAAUCUAGGGCUUUGGGACACUGCAGGGCAAGAAGACUAUAGUAGGUUGAGGCCACUCAGUUACAGAGGAGCAGACAUAUUUGUGUUGGCAUUCUCAUUGAUCAGCAGAGCAAGCUAUGAAAAUGUUCUCAAGAAGUGGAUGCCUGAAUUGCGUAGGUUUGCACCCAAUGUUCCAGUUGUUCUUGUUGGUACAAAAUUAGAUCUUCGUGAAGAUCGGGGGUACCUAGCUGAUCACAUGGGAUCUAAUGUUAUAACAUCUGCUGAGGGGGAAGAAUUGAGGAAACAAAUAGGUGCAGCAGCUUACAUUGAGUGCAGUUCCAAGACUCAACAGAAUGUGAAAGCAGUUUUUGAUACUGCAAUUAAGGUUGUUCUUCAACCUCCAAGGAGGAAGGAGAUGAUGACAAUUAAGAAAAGGCAUAGAAGGUCUGCUUGCUCAUUUGUAGGUAUUGUGUGUGGAGGCUGUGCUGCUUAUUAACAGAAACAUCAAUUGCAUUAAGAUGUUAAUUAUUGGUGGGGGAUUAAGAAAGCUUGAAGCUAGGUAGGUCCAACCGUCCAAAGUGUCUUCAAUCCUGACAUCUGAUUAUUACAUAUUUCGAUAUGCUUUUUUGUAUUGUAACCAAUGUUAAUGUAAGUUAUUAUCAUAUGAUCUGAUGUAGUGUUUAUUUCACUUCAAGCUAAGGGACCUUAUUUUGGCAGUGGAGGGAAUUUUUCAUUCUCUCACUUGUUAUUACUUAGGCAUGUAUGUCAUGUAUUAUAUAUUACCAAAUUCAUUAAG